UAGAGCUAAAAGCAGAGAGCACCACACUUGCAAGAGUAUGCUGCUUGCCUCUCUUUACAAUCCUGCAACUGCAACCUCCUUCCUGUUUCCAUGGUCAACAUCCCCGACACAUACACAUACACAUGGGAUGUUCAGUUUACGGACCGAGUUUUCAAGAAAUGGGCUGUGUAAUGGCGUGAAUAACAAGCAAGCAAGACCGAGAUGGCGGCCAAGAGGUCCACAAGUACCAAUGGCUGUUGGAAGCAAUGACGAUGAAGCUCAGGUUGGUGUUUCAGUUGGGAAGGAGCGGCUUUAUCUCGGAAUGGACUUCGGUACUUCCGGAGCGAGGUUUGCCCUCAUCGACAAGCGAGGGACUAUUCAUGCUGAGGGAAAGAGAGAGUACCCUCUUUUUAUGAGUCAAGAAAAAGUGGAUUGGGCACGUUCAUGGAAAGCGACACUCUUCUCGCUGCUUGAAGACGUUCCAUCCCAUCUCCGUGAGCUUAUUGCUUCCAUUUCCAUUGAUGGGACUUCUGCAACUACUCUCAUUGUAGACAGCAGUACGGGGGAACCGUUAUGUAAACCUUUCCUCUAUAAUGAGAGUUGCCCUGAUGCUUUACCGACGGUAAAGUCUAUCGCUCCUCUGAAUCAUACAGUCUGCUCUGGUUCCUCCACUCUGUGCAAGCUUGUCUCGUGGUGGGAGAAUGACAAUUCAAACAAGAAAUCUGCACUUUUGUUACAUCAAGCAGAUUGGCUGUUGUGGCUUCUUCAUGGAAAGCUUGGAGUGUCUGAUUAUAAUAAUGCUCUGAAGGUGGGUUAUGAUCCUGAGCUUGAGUCCUAUCCACCUUGGCUUCUCUCUCAGCCAUAUUCACAGCUUUUACCUUCGGUGAGAGCUCCUGGAACUUCAAUUGGUCGUUUGAAAGAUGACAUAAGAUCAGAUUUCGGUUUCCCAAAUGAUUGUGUUGUAUGCACAGGAACCACUGAUAGUAUAGCGGCGUUUCUAGCAGCUCGUGCAACACAACCUGGGAAAGCUGUCACUUCUUUAGGUUCUACGCUCGCAAUAAAACUUCUGAGCACCACUAGGAUUGAAGAUGCGCGGUUUGGAGUGUAUAGUCAUCGCCUUGAUGAUAAGUGGCUUGUUGGAGGCGCGUCAAAUACCGGUGGAGCUGUUCUUAGACAAAUUUUUACUGAUGAGCAACUAGAGAGAUUGAGCGAGCAAAUUAAUCCCAUGGAAACCUCUUCUCUAGACUACUACCCUCUGCAAACAGUUGGCGAGAGGUUUCCAGUUGCAGAUCCAAAUUUGGCUCCUAGGUUACAUCCACGCCCAGAAAGUGAGGUGGAGUUUCUGCAAGGGAUUCUUGAAUCCAUUGCGCGUAUAGAGGCGAAAGCUUACAGCUUACUGAAGGAUCUAGGAGCAACUCAAGUUGAUCAAGUGUUCACAGCCGGAGGUGGUGCCAAGAACGAGAAAUGGACCAAGAUAAGAGAGAGGGUACUCGGUCUGCCGGUGAGUCGUGCAACUCAAACGGAGGCUGCUUAUGGAGCUGCAUUAUUGGCAUUGAAGGGAGCUGAUGAGAAAUGAAUGUAUUAGGUACUAUGCUGGUUGAAGGUGGUGAACAAAGCAAAAUCUUUUAAUGGUGUUAAUUGUAUACUUAUCCAAUAUCCUUAUAACUCUCUCUGUGGAAAAGUUCCACGACUCGCACGUGAUCUUUUUGAA